UGUAUAAAAUGAAAUUGAAGAAAUUUUAAUUAGAAUUAAAUAUAUUUUAUUAUGAGCACUAAGACAACUGAAGAACAGCCAAUUUUUGACUUCAUUCCUUCUAACCAUGAUGAGCUGGAUAAAAUUAUUCAGAGUCAAGCAGUUCAAGCUCCAAUGCUCUUUGUUGAUUUUGAAUCAACCCGAAAACCAUUGCUUUUGCCGCCCCAGAAUAUGGACACGGAGGCCAGUUUUGAGGCAGUUCAAUCAUUUCUCAGCAAUUUAUCCAAUGUUUUAAAACAAACUGUGGCUGAUCCAUCCAAAAAGCAGUUAGAGAAAGCUUCUGAUGAUGAUAAUAAAGAGAAUAAACAGCCCAAUGAUAGCUCUCAUGAUAAACAGAGCACUACCUCAGAAUCUUCAUCAGGGCACCAAAAUUUGGACAUUUCUUCUUCCGGUUCUAAGAAAUCAAAAAUAAAGAUAACAUCAGCUAAGAAUACUGAACAAGUUGAGAUAGAGAAAGACUCUAAUAGUAUGAACUUCCUGGAUGAUGUCCCAGCUGAGCCUUCCUGUGCCUUGCUUAAAGAAUACAAGUUCUCCUUCAGCUAUCAAUCUAGCAAAGGACCUGGGAGGAGGAAAAGGUUCAUUCACUGAGGAUAUGGAAAAUGAGAUAAGAAGUUCCACAAAGCAUGGAAUUUUGUAGACCAUGCAAGAGUUCACCUAGGCAUCAAGCCUUACAGGUGAUCUAAGUGCGAGAAAAGCUUCACGCAGAAGGGUAACUUAAAGAAGCAUGAGAAGACCCACUCUAAAUAACUUAAUCUGUAAUAUAAUUAAGCAUAUA